AUGAGAGGCAAUGUGGGACAAGGCCAGGCCUCCACUCCCACCACCCCCCCCUCCCCCACCACUCCCUCUCCCCCACCACUCACACCACCCCCUCUCCCCCACCACUCCCACCACCCCCUCUCCCCCACCACUCCCACCACCCCCUCUCCCCCACCACCCUCACCACCCCCCAUCCCCCUGACCAAUGAGCAGGCAGUACACUGGCCGGAAAUCAGUAACGUUCAUCUCCGUUAUAAACGGCUUCGUUAUGAUCACAUUCGAGCCUCACUUUCAGUGCCUGACGUAAACCAGCAGUCUUGGAACCCUCACCACUCACCCUCACCACUCACCCUCACCACUCACCCUCUCCACUCACCCUCACCACUCACCCUCACCACUCACCCUCACCACUCACCCUCUCCACUCACCCUCUCCACUCACCCUCUCCACUCACCCUCACCACUCACCCUCGCCACUCACCCUCACCACUCACCCUCACCACUCACCCUCACCACUCACCCUCACCACUCACCCUCACCACUCACCCUCACCACUCACCCUCUCCACUCACCCUCACCACUCACCCUCACCACUCACCCUCACCACUCACCCUCACCACUCACCCUCACCACUCACCCUCUCCACUCACCCUCUCCACUCACCCUCUCCACUCACCCUCACCACUCACCCUCUCCACUCACCCUCUCCACUCACCCUCUCCACUCACCCUCACCACUCACCCUCACCACUCACCCUCUCCACUCACCCUCUCCACUCACCCUCACCACUCACCCUCUCCACUCACCCUCUCCACUCACCCUCUCCACUCACCCUCACCACUCACCCUCACCACUCACCCUCUCCACUCACCCUCACCACUCACCCUCUCCACUCACCCUCUCCACUCACCCUCACCACUCACCCUCACCACUCACCCUCACCACUCACCCUCUCCACUCACCCUCACCACUCACCCUCACCACUCACCCUCACCACUCACCCUCACCACUCACCCUCACCACUCACCCUCACCACUCACCCUCACCACUCACCCUCACCACUCACCCUCUCCACUCACCCUCACCACUCACCCUCACCACUCACCCUCACCACUCACCCUCACCACUCACCCUCACCACUCACCCUCUCCACUCACCCUCACCACUCACCCUCACCACUCACCCUCACCACUCACCCUCACCACUCACCCUCACCACUCACCCUCACCACUCACCCUCUCCACUCACCCUCUCCACUCACCCUCACCACUCACCCUCACCACUCACCCUCACCACUCACCCUCACCACUCACCCUCACCACUCACCCUCACCACUCACCCUCUCCACUCACCCUCACCACUCACCCUCACCACUCACCCUCACCACUCACCCUCACCACUCACCCUCACCACUCACCCUCACCACUCACCCUCACCACUCACCCUCACCACUCACCCUCACCACUCACCCUCACCACUCACCCUCUCCACUCACCCUCACCACUCACCCUCACCACUCACCCUCACCACUCACCCUCACCACUCACCCUCACCACUCACCCUCUCCACUCACCCUCUCCACUCACCCUCUCCACUCACCCUCUCCACUCACCCUCACCACUCACCCUCACCACUCACCCUCACCACUCACCCUCACCACCCACCCUCACCACCGACCCUCACCACUCACCCUCACCACUCACCCUCACCACUCACCCUCACCACUCACCCUCACCACUCACCCUCACCACUCACCCUCACCACUCACCCUCACCACUCACCCUCACCACUCACCCUCACCACUCACCCUCACCACUCACCCUCACCACUCACCCUCACCACUCACCCUCACCACUCACCCUCACCACUCACCCUCACCACUCACCCUCACCACUCACCCUCGCCACUCACCCUCACCACUCACCCUCACCACUCACCCUCGCCACUCACCCUCACCACUCACCCUCACCACUCACCCUCACCACUCACCCUCACCACUCACCCUCACCACUCACCCUCACCACUCACCCUCACCACUCACCCUCACCACUCACCCUCACCACUCACCCUCACCACUCACCCUCACCACUCACCCUCACCACUCACCCUCGCCACUCACCCUCACCACUCACCCUCACCACUCACCCUCACCACUCACCCUCACCACUCACCCUCACCACUCACCCUCUCCACUCACCCUCACCACUCACCCUCACCACUCACCCUCACCACUCACCCUCACCACUCACCCUCUCCACUCACCCUCUCCACUCACCCUCACCACUCACCCUCGCCACUCACCCUCACCACUCACCCUCACCACUCACCCUCACCACUCACCCUCACCACUCACCCUCACCACUCACCCUCUCCACUCACCCUCACCACUCACCCUCACCACUCACCCUCACCACUCACCCUCACCACUCACCCUCUCCACUCACCCUCACCACUCACCCUCACCACUCACCCUCUCCACUCACCCUCACCACUCACCCUCUCCACUCACCUGUGA